AUGAAGUGCGUGUUUGUUACAGUGGGGACCACCAGCUUUGACGACCUCAUUGCCCGUGUGUUGGCGCAAGACUGUCUGCAAAUCAUCAAGAGCCUUGGUUACAACCGACUCGUCCUACAAAUAGGUAGAGGAAAGGUUGUGCCUGAACCAUUCAGUACUGAGUCAUUUACUCUGGAUGUUUAUAGGUACAAGGAUUCAUUGAAAGAAGACCUUGAGGAAGCCGAUCUUGUUAUAAGUCACGCAGGUGCAGGAAGCUGUUUGGAGACUCUGGAAAAAAGAAAGCCUCUUGUAGUGGUUAUAAAUGAAAAAUUGAUGAACAAUCAUCAGCUGGAAUUGGCAAAACAGCUACACAGAGACGGGCAUCUCUUUUACUGUACCUGCAGAAUCUCGACUAGUCCUGGGGAAGCCAGCUCUUUGCUUCUGCUCCUGAGAAGUGUCAAGAUUUUGCAACGCUGA